AUGGUUGAUGAGGAACAACAAGCUUUGAUUAGUCUUCUUCAACAUGGUUUUGAAAAUAAUGAAGAUCUAAUAGCAGUCAAUGCAUUUGGAAUUGUUCUUAAUUUGGAUACAGAAGCAAAACAUAGUUUAAUUGUAACUGAUAGUACUCGAAUGAUUGAUCCUCAUCGUAAAUCUUCAGUUAUGAAUACUAUUGAUUCAUCAUCAGGACCAUAUUUACCAUUAUCAUUUAUAAGUAUAACUACAGCAACAUAA